GCUGUUCUUGAUUUGUAGGUCACGUUACUUCGUGAAGAUGAAUGUUAGGAAUGCUAGACCAACCGACUUGCUAAACAUGAGAGAUUGCAAUCUAGAUUGCUUGCCGGAAAACUAUCAAAUGAAGUACUAUUUUUAUCAUGGUUUAUCUUGGCCACAAUUAUCAUAUGUGGCAGAAACAGAUAGUGGGGAGAUUGUGGGCUAUGUCUUGGCAAAAAUGGAAGAAGAUCCAGAAGACGUCCCUUAUGGACAUAUUACUUCUUUGGCAGUCAAACGACCAUAUCGGCGAUUAGGGAUUGCUCAAACGCUGAUGAAUCUGGCAUCAAGAGCUAUGGUAGAAAAUUUUCACGCUAGGUAUGUCUCUCUUCACGUUCGGAAGAGUAAUAGGGCUGCACUUACUCUCUACAAAAAAACUCUACACUUUGUGUAAUUCCUACUUUGUUUCUGAGCAGUCUUUCCAGAGUAUCAGAUAUAGAACCUAAAUAUUACGCCGAUGGUGAGGAUGCCUACGCUAUGAAAAGGGACCUUAAGACAUUAUGGGACAAGUAUGGGCCUUCAGAUGUUCCUUUCAAAGAAUCGAAAAGCAAAAAUACUCAAUAAAUAUAUCCCAAUACUUUCUUAUAA